AUGUCUAGCCCGGCCAAAAAGCGCAAAAGAGAGGUCGCAGUCUCAUCCCCCCAGCGCAGUCGAAGCAUAGCGUCAUUCUUCAAGGGCCAAGCAGCCAAGCAAGCUGAUAAGGCGGAGCAGAGUCAGUCCACUGUGCCUGAAGAUACAGACCAAACUCUUUCCGACGAAGCUCUCGCCCGCAAGCUCCAAGAAGAAUGGAACCGGCAAGAUGCUGCCCCGCCUUCGGAAACUCAGACGCCAACUGGUGAGCCCAUUGCGACACCGUCGAACACCAAAGACGACGAUCUAGGGCCGUCAAACAAGACACAGAAGAGAAAUACACUAUCAUUGCAGUCUUCUACCGGCACAGAAGACAUCGUUUCUCUUGCAGUUCCUUUUGAUCAGAGUCCCUUGACGUUCGACUCAACCAAAUGGGCAGAAGAGUUAAAAGGGCACUGGGCUGCCACAGGUGGCGAUGCUUCAUAUGCCGUCUUAACCCGAGCCUUUGUACUUGCAAAUGCCACGACAAGUCGCAUCAAAAUUGUGGAUACACUCGUUAACUUCCUGCGUGUGCUUAUCGAAGCCGACCCUUCGAGUGUCCUCCCCGCAGUAUGGCUAGCAACCAGCUCAAUCUCUCCACCGUAUGAUGAGUUAGAGCUAGGACUCGGUGGCUCUUCUAUUUCAAAGGCUUUGAAGAAGAUCUAUGGCCUGAACAGCCAAGGACUUAAAUCGCUCUAUGAUAAGCUUGGAGACGCCGGUGACGUGGCGUUCGAAGCUAAAAAGAGGCAAAGCUUCACGUUAAUGAAGCCCAAGCCAUUGACGGUCAAAGGGGUAUAUCAGUCACUGCAAAAGAUUGCCAUGAGCAAGGGCACAGGGAGCCAGGAAAACAAACAGAGAAUUGUCGAGAAACUGUUACAGGAUACUAGGGGUGCGGAAGAAAGCCGGUAUAUCGUGAGGACGCUCGUCCAAAACUUGCGAAUAGGAGCCGUGAAGACUACCAUGCUCAUCGCACUCGCCCGCGCUUUUCUCUACUCUAAACCGGAAGGGGCCGAUUUUGCUGUCCGUUCGCAGCAAGAGUUGGCUCGUCUUAAAAAGGAAGAAUUGGCUGAGAUUUACAACAAUGCAGAAGAGGUUGUCAAGGCGUCAUAUGCUAGACACCCUGAUUACAAUGAUCUAGUUCCCUGUUUGCUCGAGAUAGGGGUCACGGAAGAACUCCUCGUACGAUGUGGCCUACAGCUACAUAUACCGUUGAGGCCAAUGCUAGGCAGCAUCACCCGGGAUCUCUCCGAGAUGCUGACAAAACUUCAAGGACGGGACUUUGCCUGCGAAUACAAAUAUGACGGGCAGCGUGCCCAAGUGCACUGUGACGGAAAUGGCAAAGUAUCGAUAUUUUCUCGUCAUCUGGAAAAUAUGACAGAGAAAUACCCGGACCUGGUGUCCCUGGUCCCACAGAUUAGGGGCGAGAGCGUGUCGAGCUUCAUACUAGAGGGUGAAGUAGUCGCCGUUGACCAGGAAACAGGGGAACUCCAAGCCUUCCAGAUUCUGACCAAUCGAGCCAAAAAGAACGUUGAUAUAGGGACUAUCAAGAUUAAUGUUUGUCUCUUUUCAUUUGACCUGAUGUACCUGAACGGAACCCCUCUGUUGGACCGAUCUUUCCGCGAACGUAGAGAGCUUCUACGAAGCUUAUUCGUGGAAAUCCCCAGCCGGUUCACAUGGGUAAAGAGCUUUGAUGCCACAUCUGCCGAUUCGGAGACCGUCCUGGAAUUUUUUAAAGGUGCAACUGAUACCAAGUGCGAAGGCAUCAUGGUCAAGGUGCUCGACAAUGUGUCGAAGUCAAAUAAUUCGGAACCAUCGGAGACCCCAAACGACGAUAUAGACAAGCCGGAAUCAAAACCCACGAAAGGAGGCCGCCGAAAGGCCUUACUUUCCACAUACGAACCAGAUAAAAGACUCGAAUCCUGGCUUAAAGUCAAAAAGGACUACAGCACCUCAUCCGAGACCCUUGACCUGAUCCCUGUAGGGGCCUGGCACGGACAAGGCCGAAAAGCCAAAUGGUGGUCACCCAUCCUUUUAGCCGUGCGGAAUCCCGAAACCGGCAGCCUCGAAGCCGUCACGAAGUGCAUGUCCGGCUUCACGGACAAGUUCUACCAGGCCAACAAGGAUAAAUAUACCGAAGGCAGCCCCAACGUGAUCUCACGGCCCAGUUAUGUCGAAUACUACGGCGAGCCGGACGUCUGGUUCGAGCCGCAGGAGGUGUGGGAGAUGGCCUUUGCAGAUAUCACGCUCAGCCCGACUUACACGGCUGCCAUCGGGCUGGUGAGCGACGAACGAGGUCUUAGUCUUCGGUUUCCGCGAUUUCUUCGCGUCCGGGAGGACAAGUCCAUUGAUGAGGCUACCACGUCAGAUUAUCUGGCCUUACUUUGGAGGAAGCAAUUCGAACGUUCCCAGAAAGAAGAAGUAGAACCCCCUGCUCCAGAUGCCGAGUUAGAAUAG